UGAUUUGUCCCUCGGCGGACACCAUCGCGCGCAUACAAACACUACUGUUUCCUUGCGUGUGUUUUGUAAACCAUGUAUUCGUGGGAUUUGAUUGUGGAUUAAACAUGUGAAAUGUCUGUGUUGCGUAGAGCUACAACGUGGGAAAUAUCGGAAUCUGAGAGCAGCGAUGUUGAAGCUAAACCUGAUUUAAACCACAGUGAGGCAGUGACAAAAACAAAAGAGGCUCAGAGCUCAGAGGAGAAGUGCAAAACUGUGACAGCAACAAAGAGGGAGUUUGGUCAAACUCUGAGUACUCCACGACCACAAGGAUCAGGAACACCGAGUCCUGGAAGAAAACGCCGCACAAAGGAGGAGGUAGAGGCGGACAGACAGAAAGCUAAAGAGAGAAAGGAGGAGAGGGAGAGGCAGAGAGCAGCGAGAGCCCACGAGAAGGAGGAGAGGAGGCAGGAGCAGCUCAGGAGGAGAGAAGAAGCCGAGAACCUCAAGAGUCUGCGGCCCGAAAACUGCCUGAAAUGUCUCACCGUCCGCAUAGAUCCAGCUCUUCUGCAGCAGGAUGGAUCAGACGUCUUGCUGGACACCUUAGCUACCUUUGAGUGGAGGUUUAGUAUUGAGAGUCAGCAGCUCUCUCACAGCAUCACCUGGUCCAGAGACUUACCUCAGCAGGGAGAAGAUGGCGCCGUCUCUGUGGAGGAGGAGCAGGUGGUUCUGGUCCUGAGUGUGGCUGACUUCAUGGACAUAGUGAUCUCUGUGAGAAAAAUGUUAGACAGUGAAGGGGAGGAGACGGAGACGGGAUCUUCCCUGAGUCCUCUUCUGGAGUGUCUCAACCGUGAUGCCAAGAAGGUGGUCACUCUGUUAGUGACCGACUCCGAGCUCAACUACAGGACAAAUGCUUGUGGCGAGCCUCUACUAGAUGAGACGUCACAAUCCAAAUUGGGGCUGAAGAAUCUGGACAUUGAGGAGGUCCUUGUGUAUCUACAGCUCUGCAAAAACAUCUCACUGGUCUUCCUGGACGGCUGGCAGGACGUCACUGAUCAUGUUUGUGCUCUCACCAAGGCUUUGUCAAAACGACCUUUCAAACUCCUGACAGAGCGAGCAGAGCUGCCUUUCUGCGUGGACGGUUCCUGGGCCAGUGGGGUUCGGGUGGAGAGGGACGGAUCAGGGCUGACUGAGGUCUGGAGCAAGCAGAUCCAGCAGCUGAACAGAGUGAGCCCUGCUGUGGCCUCCGCUGUGACGGCAUCCUACCCGUCUCCUCAGCUGCUGCUGCAGGCUUACCAGAGCUUGGCGUCAGAGGAGGAGAGGAAGAGGCUGCUGGCUGGUCUCUUAGUGAAAAGUGGAGGCAAAGAGAGACGCAUUGGACCGGAGAUAUCAGCCAGAGUUUACCGCUGCUUCAUGGCCCAGAACCCCCAGCUGGUCCUGGACUAAUCUGUGUGCUUGAGAAUGAUGGAUGGAUGUCAGUGAGGAUGAAUCACAGUUUCUAAUGACACUUGGUCACCACUUAGCUGCUAAUAUGUAGAUGUUUACAAGCUAAAAAUAUAUCUUAGAGAUCAUGUUCUCUUUCCAGGAAAGCAUUAUUUAUCACCUGAUCUUGAGCAGAUGCAAGAAGAGAGUAUAAAUCAUAGGAUAUAUUUUGUAAAAUAAAGAAUUACUUGACAGUUGUUAUUUUAAGUAUAAAUAAAUAAGAGAUUUGUAUAUGUAUGAACCUGGUGUAUAAAAUAUUCUGCAACAGAA